AUGAAUAAUAUCCUCAGUUUUACCAGUAGCUCUGAUGAUCCCAACUGUAUAAACCCUGGUAAAAAGUUGGAAUUCAAUGCAACUUAUGCCCGUGAAUGGGUUGAUCCUGCAAACUGGUGUUUAGUUGAUUCAACUGAUGGCCCAUGUAUCAAUAAAAUUGCUCUUUUGGACUCUGAAAAAAUUCCUUGCACUAGUGAUGAUGUUAUCUUUCCAACUGGAAACAGCUAUUUCAUUGACUUUGGUACUGACAUGGAACUGAAUAUUAAUUCCAUGAGAUUCCUUGGAAAGACAUAUUCAACAAAUUCUUUUGAAAAAUUUAUGACUUCUGAGAAAGGUAAAGAAUACUUCAAGCCUUACAAUUCGCAUGAAAACCCAGCUCAUGUGAAUAUCAGACGUCAUCCUUGCAGAGAUCCAGCCAGUUGUGACUGUGGUAACUAUAAGCCUCCAAUUUUUAGAAAGAUAUGUGAAAUGCACUCUCCUUUCUGCAAACGACCUCAGUGUAAACAGCCUGUUCGUCCAACUGGGCAUUGCUGCAAUAUUUGUGGUGCAGUUAUUAAAAGCAAGUUCGAAAAUGGAUUCAAUUAUGAAACCUUUGUGAAUAAUAUAAAAAAAGAGUUUCUUCACAAUGAGACUGGAAUUGAAUUGGUGGUUUCAAGGAUAGAUACCUCAAUUCAAUUGACCCUCACGGAUCCUGCAGGAGAUACAAGUGGAAUUGUGGCUAUGAAAAUUUUCAAAGAUAUUAAUGAUGGUAGGUUAUUAAUUUUUUGA